AGAGCAGGCAGCAGCAGGCACGCCAGGCGAAGAUGUCGGGUCAGACGCUGACAGAUCGCAUCGCAGCUGCUCCGUACAGGGUUACGGGGUCGGCCGUAGCCAGAGCCGUCUGCAAAGCCACCACGCAUGAAGUGAUGGGGCCCAAGAAAAAGCACCUGGACUACUUGAUCCAAGCAACUAAUGAAACAAAUGUGAAUAUUCCUCAGAUGGCUGAUACGCUUUUUGAGCGAGCAACAAAUAGUAGCUGGGUGGUCGUAUUCAAAGCCUUAGUCACCACACAUCAUCUAAUGGUUCAUGGCAAUGAGAGAUUUAUUCAGUACCUGGCAUCUAGAAACACGUUGUUCAACCUCAGCAAUUUUCUGGACAAAAGUGGAUCUCAUGGGUAUGACAUGUCCACCUUUAUAAGGCGUUAUAGUAGAUACUUGAAUGAAAAAGCAUUUUCCUACAGACAAAUGGCAUUUGACUUUGCAAGAGUGAAGAAAGGAGCUGACGGUGUAAUGAGAACAAUGGCUCCUGAAAAGCUGCUGAAGAGUAUGCCAAUAUUACAGGAACAAAUUGAUGCACUACUUGAAUUCGAUGUUCAUCCAAAUGAACUGACAAAUGGUGUCAUAAAUGCUGCAUUCAUGCUUCUGUUUAAAGAUCUUAUCAAACUUUUUGCUUGCUACAAUGAUGGCGUUAUUAACUUACUAGAGAAAUUUUUUGAAAUGAAAAAGGGACAAUGUAAAGAUGCUCUUGAAAUCUACAAACGAUUUCUUACUCGAAUGACCAGAGUAUCAGAGUUUCUUAAAGUUGCAGAGCAAGUUGGAAUUGACAAAGGUGAUAUCCCUGAUCUUACACAGGCUCCUAGCAGUCUCAUGGAGACUCUUGAGCAACAUUUAAACUCAUUGGAAGGAAAAAAACCUGGCAACAAAUCUGGGGCUCCUUCUCCUCUGAGCAAGUCUUCUCCAGCCACAACUGUUACAUCUCCUAGUUCUACUCCAGCAAAAACUAUUGAUACAUCUCCUCCAGUUGAUCUUUUUGCAACUUCAUCUACAGCUGCUCCAGUCAGCUCUUCCAAACCAUCCAGUGAUCUUCUGGAUCUCCAGCCAGAUUUUGCCGCUACUGGGCAGGCAGCUCCAGCAGCCCCUGCUGGAGGAACUUCAUGGGGAGAUUUAUUUGAGUCUGUUCCUGAUGUACCUGCAGCACCUAAACCAGAUGCUACUCCUAGCAUAGAUCUCUUUGGUACAGAUGCAUUUUCAUCUCCACCGCCUGGAGCCUCUCCUGUGCCUGAGAGUUCUCUCACUGCUGAUCUCUUAUCUGUGGAUGCAUUUGCAGCCCCCUCUCCUCUACCCACUGCCUCUCCAGCAAAGGUGGAUUCUUCAGGUGUGAUUGACCUAUUUGGUGAUGCUUUUGGAAGUAGUGCUCCUGAACCCCAGCCCGCAACCCCGGCUGCUUCUAGUUCCUCAGCUUCUGCAGACCUACUUGCUGGCUUUGGAGGUUCUUUUAUUGCUCCCUCUCCAUCACCAUCUCCAGUUACUCCAGCUCAAACCAGCUUACUACAGCCUAACUUUGAUGCAGCUUUUGGGACAACAGCUCCAACGACUGGCAGUUCAUUUGAUGCAUCAGUGUUUGAUGGCCUAGGUGACCUUCUUAUGCCAACUAUGGUUCCUUCUGGUCAAUCUGUAGCACCUUCAGCCACAGCAGCAGUCCCUGCUUCAGCUGCAAGCAAAGGCCUUGGAAGUGAUCUCGACUCGUCUCUUGCAAACCUCGUAGGCAAUCUUGGAAUUUCUGGUUCCACUUCAAAAAAGGGAGACCUUCAGUGGAAUGCUGGAGAGAAAAAGUUAACAGGAGGAGCCAACUGGCAGCCAAAAGUAGCACCUGCAACGUGGUCAACUGGUGGUGUCCCGAGUGGUCCAUUGAAAGGCUGGGCAAUACUGUACAGUACAGGAGCCGUGCCCCCAGCAAGUGCAGUUCCUGCCACAGGAGGUACCCCACCUGUCCCACAGCCAGGAGCAGCGUUUGGGAUGCCUCCAGCAGGUGCAGGUGUGCCCAUGAUGCCCCAGCAGCCAGUUAUGUAUGGGCAGCCUAUGAUGAGGCCACCAUUUGGAGCUGCCACUGGCCCUGGUGUACAGCUUUCUCCAAGCCCAACUCCUGCUACUCAGAGUCCCAAGAAACCUCCAACAAAGGACCCCUUAGCGGAUCUUAACAUCAAGGAUUUCUUGUAAACGAUAAGCUGCAGUUUUUCUGACUGGAUGACAGAAACGUGAGUUUGGAGUCUACAAACAGAUGCUCAGAGUUUCGAAGUGAGCCACCAGUACCAAACCCAGCGCUUAGUCAGACUUUCUCUUCCUCCUGAAACGUGUAGCACAGCUGUGAAAGUGAACAUUAGGAAUGCGUACUACCUUAGCUGUUAUCCCUACUCUCGAAGUUUGUGUACUUGGGUUAUUUGUGUUUUACAAUUUAAACAAUGGAUGUAUGUUUCUGAUGCCUUCUAGUGCUUUUCUGAACCUAUCCCACAGGGGCAGAUUAUGCAGCUGUUGUUUGGUGAGCCAUUUGGAGCGAUGUCUGUGGUUUUUGAAGGUUUCAAUGUACAUAACUUUUUGAGGACACCUAAAAUUUCCCUAAGACUCAAUUUCUCCUUUAUCUGUUACGAAACAUAGUGUGAUAAUACCAGAUAGUAAGGAAAAUACUUAUGAAAUUGUGUGGAAUACAUUUUUUUUUUCCAGUCACAGGAAUCUCAAUUGUUGUGAAAAAAUGUUUUAUUUUUGUGGCACUGUAUAUGUUAAGAUAACUUAAAGUAAUAUAAAGGUAAACUUCCAUAACAAAUACUUUUUCAAUGAGUUACCAAGAAUGAACAAUCAUAUCUGAAAGAAUACCAAUAUUUAUUGCUGUUUUUUAUUUUAAAACCUACUUUAAUUAUUUAAGUUUUUGCAUUUAAAAUUGGCAUAUUUAUCAGUUCUUGCUAAAUGCACUGAAAAUAAGUAAAGGGUCACUUUCUCUCCAUGUAGUUGGAAAAAGCAACCAUAGUUGUGCUGGCAUUAAGGGAUUUUAAAUACGAGAGCACUCUUUGGUAUAUCUGUAGUCAGAACAUUACAAGUGAUGUUACUCAUCUCUGUUCAGUUUUACGUACAUCUCUUAAUUUAGUGCUUACCUGUGUAUGCCUUAGGCUAGUGUUUUCUCCAUUGCCCCGAAUGCGCUGUGAGUAGCUUUUGUACUAUUGGUGAUUAGAAUUAAUUCUGAUCCGGAGAUCCAUGCCCUUUACUGUACAUACUGUGUUUCUUUAAUUUUCGUUUGUUCUCAUACUGUUUCUGCUGACGGCUUGGCGUACGAUCUUGACUCUUCGACGAGGUCACUGUUGAUCAGUGUUACAAGUGGCUUGGCAGUUCUCUGUAAAAGCAUAUUGGGUUGGAAAGAUUCACCUAAAGUCUUUCAAAUGAACUAUUUAAUCAAUGUAUGGUACCAUUAAAAGUGGUUGUAUCUGAAUUUGCUGUGAGGAUGACAUACACCGUAAUGGGAAAGUUCUAUAAAAAGCUAAUUUCAAAAUGGCUCUUCUUUGUAUUUCAGUUUAAAGAAAAAAAACAAACAUACAAAAAACAAAAAACCCCAGUGCAUGUGUGCCCUCUGAGAUGCAAUAAACACCCUGAUCAAAAUAAA